GGGCACGGUAGCGGUUUCAUUCAUCGUAAUGCUAAUCAGGAGACCACUCCUUCUAGCUUUAUCUCUCUCACACUGACUAUACAAGCCCUGCCCCCCUCUCUCUCUCUGCUCCGUGUCUGGAAGUCCCGAAUCAACAACGAGCUUCCUCCCCUAACCGGAGCAUCGUCACCGCUAUCCCGCCGGACAGCAGAACCGGCCGGUGCUUUCAGAACCGGGACACGCAGUUUGCAGCCCUCGUAGAGCCACGCUGUGGGACCGCCGAGGAUUGAGAGACCAUGACGGCCAGAGCCGGCUUCUACCGGCAAGAGCUGAACAAGACGGUGUGGGAGGUUCCCGAGCGGUACCAGAACCUCACCCCGGUCGGGUCGGGGGCCUAUGGCUCGGUCUGCUCUGUCUAUGAUGUGAAGCUGCGUCAGAAGGUGGCCGUGAAGAAGCUGUCACGCCCGUUCCAGUCUCUGAUCCACUCGAGACGCUCAUACAGAGAGCUGCGACUCCUCAAGCACAUGAACCACGAGAACGUGAUCGGGUUACUGGAUGUGUUCUCACCAGCCACUUCGCUGGAGAACUUCAAUGAAGUGUACCUUGUAACGAAUCUGAUGGGUGCCGAUCUGAACAACAUCGUGAAGUUCCAGAGACUCUCAGACGAGCACGUCCAGUUCCUCAUCUACCAGCUGCUCCGCGGGCUCAAGUACAUCCAUUCAGCCGGACUGAUUCACAGAGACCUGAAGCCCAGCAAUGUGGCUGUGAAUGAAGACUGUGAGCUCCGGAUCCUCGACUUCGGCCUGGCUCGGCAGACGGACGAUGAGAUGACAGGCUAUGUGGCGACGCGGUGGUACCGGGCCCCGGAGAUCAUGCUCAACUGGAUGCACUAUAACCAGACCGUGGAUAUCUGGUCUGUGGGCUGCAUCAUGGCGGAGCUGCUGAAGGGGAAGGCACUGUUUCCAGGAAAUGACUACAUCGACCAGUUGAAGAGGAUAAUGGAGGUGGUGGGGACGCCGAGUCCAGAGCUGCUUAAGAAAAUCUCCUCUGAACACGCCAGGAAGUACAUCGAGUCGCUGCCCUACAUGCCCCAGCAGGACCUGGAGGAGAUGUUCAGGGGAGCCAACCCUCUGGCUGUAGACUUGCUGAAGCGCAUGCUGGUUCUGGACUGUGACGGGCGCGUGGCGGCUGCCGAGGCGCUCUCUCAUCCGUACUUCUCUCAGUAUCACGACCCGGACGACGAGCCCGAGGCAGAGCCCUACGACGAGACCUUGGAGAGCAAGGAGCGCACCCUGGAGGAGUGGAAAGAGCUCACGUUUCAGGAGAUGAACAGCUUCAAACCACAAAGCAGCAAAAAGGAGGGUCUGCAGAUCGAGCAUUGAGACCAGAGACUGGAGAGAGUGUGAGCGAGAGGGGAGGAGAGGAGAGCAAGGUGUAGUGUCAGGUUAGGGUGUGUGUGUGUGCACAUAGGGAGGAGAGAGGUUAGAGAGGAUAGUGUCAGGUUAGGGUGUGUGUGUGUGUCUGCACGGGGAGGGUGUAGAUUCAGGUCUGUUGGUGUGGGGGGGUAUUAUUGUUAGUGUGUCUGUGUGGAGGGGUGGUAGACGGAUAGGAUCCAGUGUGGAGGGGGCUGUUUCUGAGUGUCAGUGUUCUGGGUUAGAGGGAUCAGAUCCAGCUAAGAGGGUGUGGAGGGGGCUGUUUCUGAGUGUCAGUGUCAGUGUUCUGGGUUAGAGGGAUAGUGUCUCAUAUUGUCUGUCAGUCUGUUCUCAGUUGCAGUUAUAGUUUAGGGCACAAGUUUCUCUCCUGCCCCUCCCCACCCUCUGUUUACAAAAAAAGAAAAGAAGGCCUGUUCCUAAUCCUGGAAGUAGAAAUACCGGCUCGAUACUUCCUACCUGUGCAGUCCUUGUACUGCUGGCUGGCUGCCUUCAUUCUUCACCACCAGCCCGCCCCUGCUGUGCUGCUGAUGAAGAGAGACAGUCCCUGCGCGCGCCGGAGACGGGACUCAAGCCGAGUGGCAGCGGGGAUCUCUCUGGGCCUGUGACUGUGUUUAAAUGAAGGACACGUGCAAACAUACAGCUGGCUUUACUAGUUUUUGAUAGCAUUGAUACUGUGUGUUUGUUUUGUCCUGGGGAGAAGCGAUAGUAAAUCUGUCUCCUCCAGUUUGUACAGCAGCUCCCUGCAGGUGUGGUGGCCCUGCCUCAUGCUGUACUGGACUGGACACUACAGAGCUUGACAUCGCUGCCUGUCUGUCUGUGUGUGUGUGUGUGUGUGUGUGUCUGUCUGUGUGUGUCUAUGUGUCUGUCUGUCUGCUUGCCUGUCUGUCUGUCUGUGUGUGUGUGUCUGUCUGUCUGCCUGCCUGCCUGUCUGUCUGUCUAUGUGUCUGUCUGUCUGUCUGUCUGCGUGUCUGUCUGUCUGCUUGUCUGUCUGUCUGUCUGUGUGUGUGUCUGUGUGUCUGUCUGUCUGUCUGUCUGUCUGUCUGUCUGUCUGUCUGUCUGUGUGUGUGUCUGUCUGUGUGUCUGUCUGUCUGUCUGUCUGUCUGUCUGUGUGUCUGUCUGUCUGCUUGUCUGUCUGUCUGUCUGUGUGUGUGUCUGUGUGUCUGUCUGUCUGUCUGUCUGUCUGUCUGUGUGUGUGUCUGUCUGUGUGUCUGUCUGUCUGUCUGUCUGUCUGUGUGUCUGUGUGUGUGUGUGUGUCUGUCUGUCUGUCUGUCUGUCUGUCUGUGUGUCUGCCUGCCUGCCUGCCUGUCUGUGUGUGUGUCUAUGUGUCUGUCUGCCUGCCUGUCUGUCUGUCUGUCUGUGUGUCUGUCUAUGUAUUUGUCUGUCUGUCUGCCUGUGUGUCUGCCUGCCUGUCUGUCUAUGUGUUUGUCUGUCUGUCUGCCUGUGUGUCUGCCUGCCUGUCUGUCUGUCUGUGUGUCUGUCUGCCUGUCUGUCUGAACUUGUGUCUGUGUGUGUCUGUGUGUCUGUGUGUCUGUGUCUGAGCUUGUGUCUAUGUGUGUGUCUGUCUGUCUGUUUGUCUGUCUGUGUGUCUGUCUGUCUGCCUGUCUGUCUGUCUGAGCUUGUGUCUGUUUGUCUGUCUGUGUGUCUGUCUGUCUGUCUGUCUGUCUGAGCUUGUGUCUGUGUGUGUCUGUCUGCCUGUCUGAGCUUGUGUCUGUCUGUCUGUCUGCCUGUGUGUCUGUCUGUCUGUCUGUCUGUCUGUGUGUGUGUCUGUCUGCCUGUAUGUGUGUCUAUGUGUGUCUGUCUCUGUCUGCUCAAGUUGUCACGGCACACAGUCCCCACAUGGCAGUAUAAUGUAUUGUGCCUCACAAAUCAGAUUCUGAAUAUGUGACAAUUAAUUAAGUGGCAAAAACUUAUUAAAGUAUUUAAAAAAUAUAGUUUGAAAUAUACUCUGCAAGACUAACAUAUUCCAAUAUGAUGCGGUUAUAUUUCACUAUGUCGCCAUUCUGAAUGUAUUGUGGAAAUGUCUUCCACGUGAACGGAGCAGGUUGGAAUUGUUUGAGUCAGGCAUGCAGGGGUUAAAUUGUCUGUUGAGAGAAUAAACAGCCAGGCUGGGCUCUGAGUCUGUGGAAUCCACUCUACAGGACCUGUACUGUACAGACUGGGCUCUGAGUCUGUGGAAUCCACUCUACAGGACCUGUACUGUACAGACUGGGCUCUGAGUCUGUGGAAUCCACUCUACAGGACCUGUACUGUACAGACUGGGCUCUGAGUCUGUGGAAUCCACUCUACAGGACCUGUACUGUACAGACUGGGCUCUGAGUCUGUGGAAUCCACUCUACAGGACCUGUACUGUACAGACUGGGCUCUGAGUCUGUGGAAUCCACUCUACAGGACCUGUACUGUACAGACUGGGCUCUGAGUCUGUGGAAUCCACUCUACAGGACCUGUACUGUACAGACUGGGCUCUGAGUCUGUGGAAUCCACUCUACAGGACCUGUACUGUACAGACUGGGCUCUGAGUCUGUGGAAUCCACUCUACAGGACCUGUACUGUACAGACUGGGCUCUGAGUCUGUGGAAUCCACUCUACAGGACCUGUACUGUACAGACUGGGCUCUGAGUCUGUGGAAUCCACUCUACAGGACCUGUACUGUACAGACUGGGCUCUGAGUCUGUGGAAUCCACUCUACAGGACCUGUACUGUACAGACUGGGCUCUGAGUCUGUGGAAUCCACUCUACAGGACCUGUACUGUACAGACUGGGUCUGUGGAAGGAAGCCUGCACUCGUACAGUCUCAUCCUUUAACAGUCUGUCAUGUGACUUGGAUAUUCUUAUGUCUCAUAUGUGCCGGUCAGCGCUGCGUUCAUUUUGUGUAGUUUUUAAAUACCGGUGCCUUGAAGCAGCAGACUGUGAGCCCCUGGGUGUACAGAGCCCUGGAGAGGUGCAGGAGUGUUUCAUUAGCUUUCUGCACUGUGAGGAGCUGAGGGCUGGGUUUCAAACAGCCCUGGAGAGGUGCACGAGUGUUUCAUUAGCUUUCUGCACUGUUAGGAGCU